ACCGGUUGGCAACGCGAAAUAUGAAAAACAUUUUCCGCCACAAACGAGCCACUUCCCUAAAUAAAACUUCAAGGGCAAAUAAUGCCAUACCUUGUACGGAACAUGUUCCGACUUGUACACUUUCCUGUUCCGGUGGCACUGUCAGUUAUGUGGACGAGGAGCUGGAGUAUUUGCAGACGGCGUGUUACAAAAAACAAUUGACUCUGAUUUUGGAAAAUUGCACCUUUACCAAUGGCGUUCUGAAGGCAACUUUUUUCUCCGGUUUUUAUAAUCUCCAAGAACUACAAAUCAAAAAUUGUAAUUUGGCCUCAAUUCAGGAGGGAGCUUUCCAAAAGACGACUGUUGCGAAUUUAUUGAAAUUAAAGCUGAUCAAUAAUACCAUUACCACAUUGAAUGAUCAGACAUUUGGGGGUCUCAAGACAUUGGAAUAUUUUGAAUUUUCCCAAGAGGCUCUGGGACAGGGCAAACAAUUUCAGGGAUCGAAAUUUUUAAAUCCUUUCGCCGAGACAUUGCAGUGGGCCCUGGUGAAACAAAUAACGAUUGCUGAGACGAUACUCAAUCCCCAUGACUGGUGGUUGGGUGUGGACUUUCCCAGUUUGACAUCACUCGACUUGAGCCACAACAAUUUGCGAGGAAUCCUGAAGGUUGACACAUUUCAAAACAUGAAGGCUUUGCAGGAUUUGCAUUUGGAAGAUUGUAAUUUGGAUAAGCUGGAUUUGGCUCCGUUUGGAGUUGUUGGGACCUUGAAAAGCUUAAAUUUGAAUUUUAAUCAUUUGAAAUCUUUGGAUUUGCAUUUUUUGCAAGAUCUCCAUGGCAGGGGUAUUGAGGUCCGCCUGAAGGGCAAUGAAUGGCAUUGUGAUUGUGAGAAUCAAGAAAUAAUGGAAUAUUUGCGGAAUUUGGAUACAACAACAAUUCAUGUUGAGGACUUAAUUUGUUUUAGCCCCGCGGAAUAUCAUCAAAUGCCAAUGAUGGAUGUGAGUUUAGUUUGUGAAGAGGAAUCCGACACUAGCACAAUGGCAACGGUGGCUUCUACGACAGGGGAAACCUCUACAAAGUUUGAUGGCAUUACAACCUCUAUGCCACCCUUUACUACAACUCCAAGCACUACCAUUGCCUCUCCAGGUGAUAAAACUCCAACCUCCACCAUUGCCCCUCCCACAGACAACGGAACACUGCUGGAUUGUUCUUAUAUUAAGGAUUCAUACGAGUUAUGUUUCUCCCUUUACAUUCCCGCAAAAUUUCUGAACUUCACAAUAACCAUAAGUUCCGCAACCAGUGUCGUCAUAACUUCCCUAACUCCCGUGAAUCAAUUCAUACAAUUCAUCUAUUUCACAAAUUCUAAAGAGGCCCACAACAAUACCCAACAAAUCGCCCGAGAUCAAUGGAAAAUCAAUGAUCUGCAAACGGGCGAAACCUAUAUAUUUUGUGUCCUCAGUGAUAUCGAUAACACCAUUGCCACACCCUAUGAUUGCCAGGCCCUAUAUUUCGAUAUUUCUCUGCAAGGUUGGCUACACUCUUCCGACAUGUAUUGGCUGGCCAUGGUCUUGGCAGUGGCCUGCAUCAACUGCUAUCUGUUGGGCAUCGUGUUGGGCUAUUUCCUGUGGCGCAAGAAACCAAAUUACAAUUUAAACACAAUUGACUACGAAGAGUGGUUGGGUAAAAAAUCCCCACUCCUGCUGAGGAUGUCGAGCCUCUCCAAUAAUGUCGCUGCCACAUAUUUAAAUCCCACUCUCACCCCGGACUACGACAAUGACACCACUUCGCAGCAACUAUACAAUUCCUUUCACAAGCCACCCCAAGAAAUGGCUCCAACUCCUCCAAAUAAAUAUGGCCACAUUUUACUUCCAUCACCCGGCUAUUCCAAGAAAAUACCCAAUCUGAAUAUCAAUUCGGAAUGUAAUCUUACAAAUUCAAAAAUUCCCAAUAAUCGCAAUUGCAACUGCAAUGGAAUGGAAACGAACAUUUACGAAGUUGUACAGGAUUCCAUGAGGAGAGUGGAGGACCAUCACCUCCCUGUCAUGUGUGAAACGAAGGCCACCAUAAAUAAUUAUCAAUUGGAGGAUGAUGUAUAUCAUGAAAUCGAUCAUUAUGAAGUUGUAAAUUAUUAACAAAAAAUG